AUACAGCUAGUGCUACAAAUUGCAUUCGAACCGACUUGUUGACAUCAUCUUACCAAGAGGCCUGGCUUUGUACGAUACCUUUCCAUAUCAUCUAGUAAUUUCAAACUAAAAUCUAGCUUUGACCAAGCGAAACCAAGAUGUCAGCUGGGGAUGCUAACCCUAACACAUCCCUGAACAACAGCAGCAGCAAGAGCGACAAAGUGCCAGCGAUGAAUGGUCCUUCGCCUGCUGAGCUUCGUAGGGCGGCCAGCUAUCCCUAUGGCCUUGUCCAGCCCCUGCUCACUGACCAGUACCAGGUGACCAUGGCUUAUGCUUACUGGAAAAGUGAGAGAACCAAUGACAGCGCUGUCUUUGACUUCUUCUUCAGGAAGAAUCCCUUUGACGGAGAGUUCACCAUCUUUGCAGGACUUAGCGAAUGCCUCAAGUUCCUACAGAACUUUGAGUUCAGUGAUUCAGACAUCGCAUACCUGAAGACAACCCUUCCCGCUUCAACCGAGGAGGGAUUCUUUGAAUACCUGAAGACCUUGGACUGCUCUAACAUUGAAGUGUACGCCAUCCCUGAGGGCAGUGUUGUGUUUCCCAGAAUGCCACUGUUAAGGCUAGAGGGACCUCUGCCCCUGCUCCAGUUGAUUGAGACGCCACUGUUGACACUCAUCAAUUUUGCAAGUCUGGUAACAACCAAUGCAGCACGGUUCCGGUUAGCGGCAGGCAAAGAGAAGGUACUAUUAGAGUUUGGGCUGAGGAGAGCCCAGGGGCCCGAUGGGGGGCUCUCGGCCUCGAGGUACUGCUACAUGGGAGGUUUCAACGGAACAAGUAAUGUACUAGCCGGAAAGCUGUUUGGCAUUCCAAUCACAGGGACUCACGCACAUUCCUUUGUCAUGUCAUACGGUGGGCUUGAUGAAGUGAAGAACAGGAUGCUUCAACCAGCAGAUGAGAGCAAGCCUCCUGUAGACUUUGUAGAGAUCUGUAUCCGAUGUCGCGAGAAGGUCUGUCAGCUGAUCAAAGUUCUCCAAGAACAGACACACGAGGGCGAGCUUGCUGCGUUCAUCUCAUAUGCACUCGCCUUUCCAACAGGCUUCUUGGCACUUGUGGAUACCUAUGAAGUACUCAAGAGUGGUGUUGCUAAUUUCUUAGCUGUCACACUAGCCCUGGAUGAGGUUGGCUACAAGGCGAAAGGCAUCCGUAUCGACAGCGGUGACCUCGCCUACCUGUCCCUCUGUGUCAGGGAUAUCUUCAAGACAGUCGGAACCGAAUAUAGCUUACCUUGGUUGGAGAAACUAAUGAUUGUAGCCAGCAAUGACAUCAAUGAAGAAACAUUACUAUCACUCAACCAACAAAUGAUCACACAAACUAUCCUUGCCAAGGGCCAUGGUAUCGAUGCAUACGGUAUCGGGACCCAUCUAGUCACCUGCCAGAAGCAACCCAACCUUGGUGGUGUGUGUAAGCUGGUGCAGAUCAAUGGAGUUCCUAGGAUCAAGCUGAGCCAAGACGUGUCAAAGGUCACCAUCCCUGGUCGCAAGGUCGUCUACAGGCUGUUCAGCAGUGAAGGUCAUGCAUUGAUUGAUCUGAUGCAGCAGGUGGACGAGGAGCCCCCUAAACCAAUGGAAAGAGUUCUUUGUAGGCAUCCAUUCGAGGAAUCUAAGAGAGCCUAUGUAAAGCCUAGGCGAGUUGAAGUCCUACACAAGCUUUAUCUCAAGAAUGGAAAACUAUGCCAAACACUGCCCUCUCUUGAGGAGAAAAAGCAGCUGGUCCAAGAUUCUCUAGACUCUCUACGGCAUGACCACAAGAGGGCGCUCAACCCAACUCCAUAUAAGGUAUCUGUGAGUGACCGCUUGUAUCACUUCUUACAUGACCUUUGGCUAGCCAAUGCCCCCAUCGGUGAACUGUACUAGACUCUACUGCUUGGGUCAAAGGUCAUAAGUAAGGAUUAUCAUAAAUAUUUGACCAAACAGAGCUUCGUUCAGCUGCAAAGAAAUGCAAAUUGGGUAAAAUUAAAAAGACCAGCAACUCUCUUUCAAGCAACAGCAAUAUGAUUGUGAAUUACGAGUAUUAAAAAUAAAAUAAAAAUCAGUACAUGUGUCAUUUUGUUGUUGCUUUUGUCCGGUUGUUGUAGUACUUAUAUAAAGCUCAGUAUUGCAUCAUGCCAGAUCACUUAACUUACUUGUGUGAUUGAUGAGCUAGUUCAUGAUAAAUAUAUAUAUAUAUAUAUAUUUUCCAUAAUGUAGCUAAGGAGUUGAAUUUUCUUUUCUAUGACAGAAUGAUUGUAAAUUUGUUUAAUUGGAUAUGUGGUCAAUAAUUGUCAUUAUGCAUAUUGUAGAUAGUUAUUAUCAGUGCUUUCUGGCUAGGGAUCAUGUAUAUUAACCCUUGAAUAAUGAUGCAAGGAAGUGACAUUGGUAUGUAACAAUCAGUGUAGAAUUUCUCAGUAUCCACUUGCCUUCUAUACACCCCUUCGCAGUUAAGGCCGUCAUUUUAAUUUGCGAGUAAACAUUGCGUCAUCAAUGUUUACAGACGUGCAUGUAUUGUUGCGUCACUGCCUGCGCUGGGCUGCGCACCAUUGUAUCGACACAUGCGCUCUGCAUGCUGCAUAAAAUAAAAGUUACUCGCAAUAUUUACUCACAAUUUGAAAUGUUGCCCAUGUAACCGUCUUGUUACCUUGAAAGGUUGUAUAGGCUGGCAAGAUAAUGUGCACCUCUACUUCACACUGCCUGCUUUAAAGCCUCUGUACAAAUAAAAUGUAAGUUUAUUUUCAAACAUUUUGCACAAAAGCUAUAGUGUAGAAUAUGUUAUUCUUUGAUUAUUUGCAAAACUAUAUAUUUAUGACUAUAUAUGCCUCAUUUUUCAUAAUUAAACAAUACCAGUUUAAGAUUGAAUAUCUAAUUUUGCCAGUAUGUAUUAAUUAUCGUAUGGGGGAGAAAAUUAUUGAUCAGGUUAAUAUACUCUUCAUUGAUUAUUGUGACGCCCAUAACUCAUUGGACCAAGUUUCUUCAUUUCAGGUUUCUGUUAUCUUUUAUAUUUUAUGAAUUUGAAAUCAUUGAAUGACUAGAUUAUAAAGGAAUCAAUGUAUAUGAUUUCUAGAAUAUUCCUCAACUUCUAUGAUUGAAACUGAAAUACCAGUAACAUUUGUUGUUGUUUAUGAUAUAUUUUCAUUAUAAUGAGAAGCAUAUUGUAAAGGCAAUCAUUUUUGUUUUGCAGUUAUUCUCAGUCACUAAUUUCAUAUUGUGUUCUUAGAGUUAAAAAUCAAUAACAACGUGGAUAGGUUAGCAUGUUUUGGUAUGGAAGUGAAGCCUCAAACAAUCGAUGAAGUACAUGGCUUGUAUCCUAUGUUGUUCAUGUAAAAUAAAAUUGUUAAAAAUCUUUUAAAGUAAUGAAUUUGAGCUUUGCAUAUAACAAAAUAACUAAGACAAAUUAAAAGUACUAUAAUCAGUACAUAUUUCAUUGAAAACAUUAAUUUGUAUAAUUUGAAAACAUUAAUUUUUAUAAUUUGAAAAACAUGUCAACAUUAAUUAUGAUUCCUUUUUAUAUAUUUGUUUCAUCAACACAUUGUAAUAGAUAUUGUUGUAUCAUCAUAGUGUAUUACAUACUGCUAAAAAACAUUUUUAUUUGAUGAAAAUUAAGAAUAUUGUAUGCCUAACUCAUGUAUGUCAUAAGUAAAUGACAUUGUUUCGAGAAAGAGUGAUUUGGAGAAAGGACCGAUUAAAUAUUAUAGUGAAUCAAGUAUUAAUGUGCACUGUGUUUGUUUUCUUUUAUGUAGUGCGUAAUAUGGUUUUUAUUGUGUAUUUAUAGUAGUUUUUUUCCAAUAUAUUUUUCAUCAUUAGCUGCGGUUAAAAAACUAAUUAGUAGAAUACAAACUUAGUAUACACUGUACUUAUUUAGUUUAUGUAAUAUUGAUUUAGUAAGUUUAGUACCAACAAUGUGUUUAGUUUAUUAAGAAUUCAUUAAUCUGGUUCUUAUCUACUAUUUCCUUUAUUUGAUGUUAACUUGAAGAAGAACAAAUUCAAGUUGAUCAAUGUCUUCUUUUUACAAUGUGUUGUUAGUUUUUAGAAAAAUGAAAUAGCAUAAUUUACUGUUUUUUAUGUUUCUACUUCAUCAUCAUUAUAUUACUCUAUGGAAAUAUUUUUUUCUGGUAUGAGUCUACUAAUAUUAUAUUACUGAAACGCCAAAUAUAUAAUUUAUAUCACUGAAUAAAUGUUGCAUGUUAGAACAUUUGUUGUCGGGUAAGUGAUAUGUUAUAAGGGUACAUGUAUUAGUGUAAGUCAAUUGCCACAAAACAACAUUUUGGCUGACUAUACAUACGUGUGUAAGUAAUUUGUAAAUACUAUAAUGCAAAACAAAAGAAAACUUACAAAAUAAAGACAGAGUUUAAUCUUAUUACCUUUUUGAAAAAUAAUGCAAUAUCUAUCCUUUCAAAAUGUAUGCUGAAUGUAUAUUAAAGCACUGUGAAACAUGAACGAAUUCAUUAAUAAAUACAUGACAAUCUUAGAAAA